AUGACGAUGAACAGUUUGCUCCAGGAGGGUAUACGGCGCAGCAAACCUCGGGCUGUCAGCGGAGGUGAGCGUGGCUGGAUUAAUCCCAGUAUCACAAGGGGAUAUCCAGAGGAGCGAUCAGAGAUCUUUCUAAUGACAACAACUUGUAGUUUUGCUUCUGAAUUAUUUCUUGGACCCAAACUUUCCUCUUAUACUGAAAUGACGAUGAACAGUUUGCUCCAGGAGGGCAUACGGCGCAGCAAACCUCGGGCUGUCAGCGGAGGUGAGUGUGGUUGGAUUAAUCCCAGUAUCACAAGGGGAUAUCCAGAGGAGCGAUCAGAGAUGCUUUCUAUUGGGUGUGAUAAGUAG